AUGGCGAUGGGUAUCCCGCCACUAGUUGAUGUGGUAUCGCCACUCGACCCCGAGGAAUUCGCCGUGGAGUCGCGCGCUGCGGUUGACUUCAUCGCGGGCUACUACCGCGAUAUCGAGAAGUAUCCGGUCCGGUCAGAAGCCGAGCCAGGUAGCCUUCGCAGGCUUCUAUCCGAUGAGGCACCGGAAAACGGCGAGCCCAUGGAUGGAAUACUGGCGGACGUACAACAAUACAUCGUGCCAGGACUGACACACUUCCAGAGCCCCAACUUCUUUGCCUACUACCCAUUCAACGCCAGCACGGCGGGGUUCGUCGGCGAGGUCCUCUGUGCCGGUCUCAACGUUGCACCGUUCACAUGGGUUGCCUCGCCUCUGGCGACCGAACUUGAAGGCGUCAUGAUGGACUGGAUAGGCAAGCUGAUGGGCCUUCCAGACUGUUUCCUCUUCUCCGGCGGCGGUGGUGGGGUGCUGCACGGAAGCACCUGCGAAGCCGUGAUAUGCACGCUUGUCGCCGCACGCGAUCGAGCGUUGAACAGGCUCACCCAUGAAGGCAUCCUCAAAAUGGUGGUCUACGCCUCAGACCAGAGCCAUAGCACCUUCCAAAAGGGUGCGAAGCUGGUCGGAAUUCCACCAUCAAACUUCCGAGUCAUCCAGAUGUCGGCGGCAUCCAGCUACGGCCUAACGGUGGACAGUGUCCGCAACGCGGUCGAGGCUGACAUAGCCAGGGGCCUUGUGCCACUCUACCUGUGUGCAACAGUUGGGACGACCGGUGUGGGAGCGGUUGAUCCGGUGGGUGAGCUUGGUGAGUUGGCACAACACUACGGAAUCUGGCUACAUGUUGAUGCUGCAUACGCCGGUAGCGCGUUGAUCUGCCCCGAGUUCCAGGAUUGCAUCCAGGGUGUCGGGCUCGCGGACUCCGUGAGCAUGAACCCGCAUAAGUGGUUCCUCACCAACAUGGACUGUUGCUGCCUGUGGGUUACCAGCCCAGCCGUGCUUACCUCCGCACUCUCUAUCACUCCAGAGUACCUCAAUGAUAUCAGCCAUGGAAGUGUGGCCAAGACGGAUAUGAAUAUGAUCGAUUACAAGGACUGGCAGAUUGCAUUGACACGCAGGUUCCGAGCCAUAAAGUUGUGGGUGGUGCUACGCAGAUACGGCGCUGUGGGCUUACGAGCGAACAUCAGGAGGCAUGUCGAGAUGGCCAAGUGGUUUGAAUUGGCGUUGAAGGCAGACGAUCGAUUCGAGGUCAUUGUGCCGAGGAGAUUCUCCCUUGUGUGCUUCCGCUUCCGCCCAAGGUAUGAUGAGGGUGACCACACAGUGGACGCCUUGAACCGUAAGCUCCUCAAUGCGGUGAACGCGAGUGGGAAAGCCUUCAUGAUACACACUAUCGUGGACAACAAGUUCGUUAUCCGUCUGGCAAUAGGUGCUACCAUGACGGAGAUGCGACACAUCCGUGACACCUGUGAGCUGGUUCAGGAGAAAGCCACGGAAAUAGGACAGGACCGUGACUAG